AUGAACUCCAAGGAGGAGGGGCUCAAGGCUAAGCUUCAGGACGCCCGAGACCGCAGCGCCGACCUCCACUGCCGCGCGGCUGAUCUGGACCAGCACGAAGCCAAGCUGCGAGCCGAGGAGGAGCGCUGCCGAGAGCUCAAGCGCUGCCUUGACGAGCGGGACGCUCGCUGGCACGAGGCCGCCAAGGACGCCUCAGUGGUGUUGAAGCCCCACCUGAAGCCGCGCUUGUCUCCCCGUGGCAAAGAGAAUGUCGAGCUGCAGCGACAGCUGGAGGAGCAGCGUGGGCUCAUGCACAAGAUCAAGCGCAAGCAGGACAGCUGGGCUGCUGAAGGCCUGGAAGAUAGCGGCCGUGGCCACCGCGACAGCUUUGGCAGCGAGGAGACUGUCACCGGACCUUCCUUUUGA